AUGGAGUCGGAUUCUAUGUUAGACUGUUGUAUCCUUGAAUUAUUAGAUAAUUACAAUGGAUUAUUCGCACUGAUCCCACAAGCUCCAAGUGUGCUAUGUGCUAUGUAUAGACCGCCGAGUCCACAAACUUACAAACUGACGCUUAUAGCAAAAGAUGGUUUGACGAAUGAUAGCCUAUCAUCUCAAGUUCAUUUCACAGUGAUCAUUCGUAGUGAUCCAAAUCUUAGAAUAUCAGAUAAAAAAAGUAAUAAUCAUCGUUCAGAUCAAUUAGGCAUAGAUUAUUUAACAGAAAAACAGUUAAAUUUUGAUCAGAAUAAAUUACACAAUGAUUUGAUAAACAAUAAUUUCAAUUAUGCUGAACGUGAUAGAUUAAAUAAAGAUUAUCCACACAGAUCGUUAAAUCUUGAUGGUAGCGUUAAUUCUGGAUUAUUAUAUCCUUCAGGAUUAUCAUCAUCAGUGUCUGCAUCACAACAAUAUAAAUUAAAUCAUUCUAAAUCGUAUGGAUCUGGACAUCAAACAAUAAUAAUUAUUGUGAUGGCUUCAAUUGCUGGAGUGUUAUGUGUUUUAUUAUUAGUAGCUAUUAUUCUAACAAAACGUUGUACAUUUGAUACUGUAUCAACAUCAAUAACAAACACGAAAGAUUUUACUAAAGAAGAACCAAAUAAUCAAAAUGAAUCAGCUGUUGGAAUGAAAUGCCCUAGUUCAACUGGGUCAUCACCGUCUAAAACAAAAACUUUUCAUUCAUUUCCCGUAAAUAUGCAUCAUAUCCAUUCAAAUCCUGAUUAUUAUGCAAAAGAAAUGAUCUAUCAUCAUCCUGUUGGAAUCGCAUCGAGUGAAACAGCUUAUGAUAUUUCACUUGAAACUAUGAAACCAUCUAACAAUAUUACAUUUUUAAACAACUAUACACCAUUUGUUCCUUUAAAUUUAAGAUCAAAUAAUACUCAACUAAGAGCUAUAUCAACUCAUUCACCACAAACAAGACCUAUACAAUGUCAAACUCCAAUUGAUGAUGAUUUAUAUCAAGAACAGAAAUCUCCUAUAAUUAAUUCUUCUACAUCUUUUAAUCCUUGGUCACAAUCAUGUUCACCAUCAAAGAAUCCAACUUAUAUGCAAAUGAAUUUAACUAAUACAAGAAGUUCACCAUUAAAAAAUUCUUUUCAACAUCUAAAAUCUAAUGAAAAUUUUUCAAAAAGUAUUUAUCAAACUAUUGAUACACGACUUAUAAAACAUUCACAAUUGAAUAAUAAUAAUACACCAACUAAUUCUAUAACUAAUACUAAUAUGAUUGGUUUAGCUACGCCUACAAUUAAACGUGAUCAUUCAAAUAAAUUACAUAAUUUAAACAAUAAUAAUAAUAAUAAUAGUAGUAACAGUACUAAUAAUAAUGGUGGGAAAGUACACUUCAAUAAAACAAAAUUGAAAUUAUUAUCAAAAGAACAUUUUCAACAAAUUAAUGAUAAUUUACAAUCUACUAAAAAUGAUAAUAAUAAUAAUAAUAAUACAGAGACAAAUGAAUUAAUAAAACCUUUAUUACAAAGAGCUAAUUCUGAACGAUCGCCUUAUUUUCAAACUAGUUUUGUGUAAAUAUUCAAUAAUCUAUGAUUGAAAUUAUAUACAAAUGUAUUUAUUUAUUCAUUUUUCUCAAUAUUAUUUAUAUUCAAUUUGUUUAUAUUUAUCUUGUGAUUAAUCAACUUUCAACAAGAUAAAGAGGACAAAACACUAAUAUAUUCAUGAUGAUGAUUAUUAUUAUUAUU